AUGCCGAGAAGAGAGAGAAAACAAGGCUGGGCAGGAGUGUCAAAACUGACACCAACUCCCGUUAGAGGGAGGCUCAAUUCGGCAGAGUGGCCAGUACAUGUGAUUGGAAAUGUCACCUUUCAUUGGAAUCACAAGCCAAGAAGUAGGACGGAUGAAGAGAGAACUGCCGCAAGUCUUGCAGCAUACAUUGCAAACCCUAAUGACCGUCCCGGGAUUCCAGCGAAUUUCAAAAAUUACCAACCAGUGUGGGGUAUUGUCAAACGUGGGCCACAUACGACGGAUUCCAGCACCAGCGCCACUCCAGAUGAAUACUUGCAUACUACGGUUAAGUUUAGCAACCAGGAAGACCGAGACAAUUACCGAGGGUAUACUGUUCACAUUUACAACGACAUUAACUGGAAAUACGAUCCAUCUAAGUGUUGCAGCUGGGGCGAGAGAACCCCGGACCAGCAUCAAGACCAACGUGUAUACUAUAAGCGGACAGAGUAUCCCAAAACAAAAUACACUUCUCUUCCUGCCAACAACUCUAUCCAGCCAGGUGCUUCAGGCCCAUACUCUUCAGGUUCAGACAACCAGGGCACGACUUACUCUUCAGCACCAUACUCAUACCCUUCAGCUUCAACUAGCCAGGACAUGACUUGCUCUUCAGCUCCAACUUCGGGUUCAUACCUUUCAGUUCCAGGCAACCAGGGCGCGACUUACUCUUCAGCACCAUACUUAUACCCUUCAGGUUCAGACAACCAGGGCACGACUUACUCUUCAGCUCCAACUUCGAGUUCAUACCUUUCAGCUUCAGGCAACCAGGGCGCGACUUACUCUUCAGCACCAUACUUAUACCCUUCAGGUUCAGACAACCAGGGCACGACUUACUCUUCAGCUCCAACUUCGAGUUCAUACCUUUCAGCUUCAGGCAACCAGGGCGCGACUUACUAUUCAGCACCAUACUUAUACCCUUCAGCUUCAACCAGCCAGGACAUGACUUGCUCAUUGAAAAUCGUAGUUGAGGAACCGCGGGCGGGAGGUUAUUGGUUUUGUACGAAUUCGGAUGUUGAUGGUGCUCACUAUCGCUAG